UAUCCUAUACACAUAUAUAAAGCAGUCAGUGUCACUACAAACGCGCUAUAUACAGAGGACGUUAAGUUAUAGAGGUGAUACCGGUGAUACUAUCACAUUAUAAGGCUGUUCCUGCCUCCCAUGCUGCCGUGCAUCCCGGUGUGUGUGUGUGUGAGUGAGUGUGAGGGGGCCGGACCAGAGGAGCAGGCUGCAGAGAGGAGAAACCACUCUAGCGACACCUGCAAACAAAACUCCCAACCGACUACCUCCUGGAGCGAGGAGGUGGGUGAAGCUGAGACGCGACAGUUACGCGAAAUAAGGGUGUGAAGUGUGUUUACUUAGUUAGUAAACGGAAAACCGAGAAACAGAUCAACUUUUUUUUCCAAGCUAAAAAAGUCGUGGUGUACAUCUGCGGCAGAUCGGACCGAGUGCGGAGCUGAGAGAGAGAGAAACGACAUCAGGCAUCUGGUGGAUGUGGAAAAAAUGGAGGUGGACAGAAGAGAGGCGCCUCUAUAUGGACAGGUGGAGGCCAAUAUAGGGUUGCAAGCAAGUACUCCUGAGGAUGCAGAGUUUUAUGUUGUUGUACAAGGUUCAAGACUUUCACAUGUGACUACAGCAAAAAGAAGAGAUGAUGGGCUGACUCUUUGCUUCACAGUUCCUGGCCAUGACCUGGUGGAAGUUGUCUCUGUCACAUCCUACUUUUACAAAGAAGACCAAGUCAAGUUGUGUGAGGGUGAAGCAGCUCUUGAAUACCUCAGGGACGUUGCCCAGGAAGCAGCAGAGUAUCUGAGUGCGCACAGGGACCAGCUCUGCCCUCAGAGCUACCAAGAGGUCCUGAAGAGGUUUCCCAUGUGGGCAUGGGCAGCUGAUGAGGGGCUCUCUGCUGGAGGGUCAGACCGUGAUGAGGAGGAUGUGCAACUCAGCAAAAGUAGAUGCGAUGAAGCAGGUCUCAGGCAGCUGGAUGAGAGGAUCACGCAGGCUAUGGCCAACAUGGAUUACCCUCAACAGUGGAAAAACACUGACAGUCAGUCAAGAGAAGCUGCUGAGAUUCAGCCCAAAGAAACCCUGCUUCACCUGGCGGUGCGUUUGGGUUUGGUCCAUCUCUCCCGUUUCUUAAUUCACCAGCCGAGAGGUCAAAGGGCGUUGACCUUACCCAAUCAGGAUGGAGACACACCCCUUCAGCUGGCUCAGAAGGAUGGACAGCACGCCAUGUUCAGAGUGCUGGCAGCUCCUCCAGGUCCUGUCGUCGGCUCCGCCCCAGGUGUGUGUACCGUGUGGUCCGACAGCUCCUGCAUGCUGAGAUUUUGUCCCGGGACAAACUCUCUGACCCUGACUGUGCGACAGGCUCCUGGCAGCUGCCCUCAGGACGCCAUCAUGCUCCUACGAGACAGACUGGUAGAUCACAGCAUCCUCAAACUGAUCAGUAUGCUCAGAGUUGAUACCGAGGUGGACAAGAGAAGCAGAGAUGAAGCCUUUUCUAAUGAUGAAGGCAUUAGCAAGGAGCUGCGAGUGGAAGAGCACGUGCUGGUGGACAACGUUUUUGAGGAACAGCUUGUUCUGUCUUUGGAUGAUGACGAUGACGAAGAAGAGUACCCAUCCCCAUUAUCUGUAAAUGGGCAUCCCAUGAAGUCCAGUGGAGUCCAGUUCACCCAGCAUGCUAUAGACCCUCUGCUCUCCAUGAUCAACAGCAACGAUCAGACGGUCACACAGCAGCCACAGGCGGACAGUGUUGACCUCAAGUACAGCGUCACUGGAGUGACAAGGGACAGCACGGGGACAGACAGCAGUUUAUGGGACACGGUGGACUCGCAAGAUCUCCUGCUAGCCACCGACACUCCUCCGCCCUGUUCAGAGGAAAACUUCUUCCCCCACUCUGAGCCCUGCUCUCCGCCUCCCUCACCCGCUGACCAGGCCCUCGCCAGGCUGAACCGUCCCACCUCAUUUGAGCCGACCAAUGAGAGAUACAGUCCGCCCAUGGACACCUGCGACCUCAGCCCCAGUCUAGUGGCCCUGGAAGUGGACAGUGAAGAGGACAGUGCCGAGCCAAAGUCUCCGCUGUCCCCACUCUCGUUAGAUGUUGAGAAAAGUGAAGACAAAAGGGAAGCCUUUUGUCCGUCGCCCGACCUUACUUGCACUCGCAGCCAGUCUGCCUCUUCAGCAUGUGAACCCACCACAAAAGAUUUGGGUGACCAGGGGAUUCGACUGCGUUCCUAUUCCUACUCCUCCCCCAAAAUCAGUCUGCGACCUGCUCGUUUUGCCCGGGAUAAUCACACAUCAGAUAUUAGCCCUGAUGCCGUGCUCCACAGUGUCAGCCACAGCCGAUCUCUCCUUCAGGCCCUCUCUCUGUCUAAAUCUCUGUCUCUGCUCCACCCUGGUAAGCAAAGAGCCUCCAGUAUUUCAGAGCAGUCACAUGAGAAAAGGGAGAUUAGGUUCCGUAAACGUGCCCAGUCUGCUGAUGACGAGGGCAGCAUGGAGCUGGCAGAGUCCCUCCAGCAUCUCACACUGUCUGAGUUCCUCAAAGAAAUUGAAGAAGAGGAGUUGGAUAAGUACAACAUCCCCACCAAGGUGGAGUCAGAGAAGUACAAAGUCAUUCGAACCUUCAGUUUUCUCAAGAGCAGGAUGUCCAGUACACGCAACAAAACCAAGGGGAAGGGGAAGGAAAGAGAAGCCAAGGAUAGGCAGCUGAAUGGACAUCGGUUUGCAACAGGGUCCUGUUUAGGCCCCAAUGUGUGUGUGGUGUGUGACAAAGCGGUAUCUGGAAAGGACCUGCUGCAUUGCCCCAGUUGUACUGCCAUCAUCCAUAAGGGCUGUAAAGAAUCUGCUCCCCCAUGUUUGAAGAAACUUCAGGAUAAAUAUGCCGUUGCCAUGGUGAAGAACAGGACAGCAUCUCUCCCACAGAAUUUCACAGUGAGAGACAGUCCUCCUCAGUGUGUGGUCCCCAUCUCUACCUCUCUACCUGUCAUGGCCCCAAAGGAGAAAAAGGACACUAUGACCCAGUCAUGCUCUCUCUCUGGAAGUUUCCCCAGCACUGACAGUCGGCUCAGUGAGAGUUCAGAGACAGAGUCUGAUGCCAUGAAGACAAGCAGCCAUUCAGAAGAGCAGCUGCUGACUCCGAUGUCCUCCACCUCCACAGACUCAUCAUUUGGAGAAGACUGUGUGGACGCGUUUAUCCAAAGUGACAUCUCGGCCGAUGCUGUGGAUUACGAGGCGGAGUCGUGGAGUCUGGCAGUAGAGCACAAGUUCUGCAAGAGGCAGGAAAAACGAUCUGUCAAGAGGCAGGAUGUUAUCUAUGAGCUGAUGCAGACUGAGCUUCACCACCUGCAGACGCUACACAUCAUGGCGGAGGUUUUCCGGCGAGGUAUGAGGGAGGAAGUUCAGCUAGAUACAGAAGCGGUGAAGCGGGUCUUCCCCUGUCUGGAUCAGCUGCUCUUAUUCCACCACGCCUUCUUCGCCACCAUGAAGGAGCGGCGACGCGGCUCGGCCCAGCCCCAGGGACACAGGAACUACCUCAUCCAGAGAAUAGGAGACGUCCUGCUCCAACAGUUUUCAGAUGAGAACGGCGAGAAAAUGAAGCAGGUGUAUGGAGAAUUCUGCAGUCGUCAUAAUGAGGCGGUCAGCUUCUUCAAAGAGCUCCAGCAGCAUAACAAGAGAUUUCAGAACUUCAUUAAGCAACAAGGUAAUAAUUCCUUGGUGAGACGGAGGGAGAUCCCAGAGUGCAUCUUGCUGGUAACCCAAAGGAUUACGAAGUACCCAGUGCUGCUGGAGAGGAUCCUCCAGUAUACUCAAGAAGAGACGGAGGAGCAUGCAGAUCUUUCAAAAGCCCUGGCUCAGAUCCGGGAGGUGAUAGCAGCCGUGGACUCACGGGUCAGUGAAUAUGAGCGGCAUCAGAGAUUACAGGAAGUGUGGAACCGCAUGGAGAAUCGCAGCUCGGCCAAGCUCAAGAACGGACACACCUUCCGCAAGCAGGACAUGAUGGGGCCGGGACAGAUGCUCAAACACCAGGGCCUGCUCCUGUGGAAGACUGCCACUGGUCGACUGAAAGAUGUCCUGGCGCUCCUUCUAACAGACACACUCAUCUUCCUACAAGAAAAAGACCAGAAGUAUACAUUUGCCACUGUGGACCAGAAACCUCCAGUCAUCGCACUGCAGAAGUUAAUAGUGCGAGAAGUAGCAAAUGAAGAGAGAGGGAUGUUUUUGAUCAGCGCGUCAUCCGCCGGCCCUGAGAUGUACGAGGUUCACACGUCAUCUAAAGAGGAACGGAACACUUGGAUGAGGCUCAUUAGAGAGGCUGUGGAGAGCUGUCCAGAGGAAGAAGAAGAGUACACAAGUGAAUCUGAAGAGGAGAAGCGAGCUGCUGAGGCUCGCAUUCACAAGAUCCAUAAGUUACAAGAGAGUCUGACGAGCCAGGACCAGCAGAUCUGCUCCAGCCUGGAGGAGAAGCUGCAGAUUUACACGGAGCUCUCUGCUCUGAGUGGGAGGGCGACAGACACGUCGGCGGUCGAACCGCGACUGCUCGUCCAGCCGCAUUCAGAGGAGCCGCCCCAGGCCGCCGUGCUGCUGGCUGCAGCUCUGCAAGAGGCUGAAAACCUUAAAGCCACGUUGUCGUCCAAGGCCCGCUCUCCAUCCAGUCACAGCCCGGACUCGGACACAGACUCUGUGUUUCCUGUCAGCCCUGCUGCACUUGUAGAGCCCCCCUCCGAUUCUUCGGAGCCCUCACCUGAAAACCCUGAGGCCAGUGAGGGGAGUUGGACUGAGGCGGUAGUCCUUCAGUCCCCGACUCACUUGCAAAAAAUGGACACAGAUGACAUUGAUAUUAAGGUUGCUCAAAGUGUCCAAAGCCUGACCCAGUUACUCUACAGUCUGCAGGCUGCGGUGACCAUCCAGGACAGCUGCUACGAGGUCCAGAGGCUCCUCCUCCGAGAGACCGGACGCCCCUCUCCACGCGCUCAGAGACUUCACCUCCCGAGCGUCCGCGGCAACACCCUGCAAGAGCAGGAGAAGCAGCGCAACCUGGAGAAGCAGAAGGAGGAGGUGGCGGCGGCUCAGCGGCUCCAGGACCGACUGCGCCUGGAGAAGGAGCGCUGGGAGCGGGAGUGCCAGGCCAGGGAGAGCCAGCAGGGGGAGCAGGAAAGCAGGCUGGAGGAGAGGGAGAGGCAGUGCCACCUGGAGGCCGAGAGGCUGAGGCGGGAGAGGGAAGAGCUGGACGAGCAACUGGAGGAGUACCAGCAGAGCCUGGAGCGGCUCAGGGAGGGCCAGAGGAGCGUGGAGAGGGAGCGCGAGCGCCUGGAGAACCAACAAAAGCUUCUUGAGACCUGGAGGCACAGCCGGCAGAGGAGCCUGCCCACUGUGAUUCCUCACAUGGUCAUACCUCUAGAUGGUCAGCAGGACCCACCACCAAGUCAGUCAAGAGACCAUGCAGGUAACGGCUCCAUGUUUGUGAAUGAGGCAGCGUUCGCCAGCACCAGCAUCAAUAACCGUCACGUCCACCACAAAAGAAAUGACCCCAGCGCACACAACUGUCUCAACACCCUGCUGGCCAGAUCCAACAGCAGACAGCCCCCCGCAGCUAAGACCCCCCAUAAUCCACACUCAGACUCCCAAGGAUGGGUGAUGGGGACAGGGCACCUCUACAGCCCUGCAGGAAGGCUGGGGCUGCAGCACACACCCAGUGAUCAUAACACUCACAGCUACAUCAGGGAGACCUGGUCGUCAACAGCAAGUGGAACUGAUCCGUACCCAGAGUUCCCGCAUCCCAGUGACCCUCGGCUGGACCUCAGUGCACUGGUUUCCUUGGAGACUGACAGCGGUGGGGAGGAGGGCAGGGAGGAAACCAUUGUGUACCUCUGAAUAUUGAUAAAUAACAGACUCUAAAAAGUCAUCCCAGCAUUUGGAGGAAGAUAAAGACAUUCACGAAGUACCAGAAAACAGGACUGGGUCGGGGUGGCUGAAAGCAGAGAGUGUUUGCCUGUAAAAAAAAAAAAAAAAAGGGUGGGGGGGGGGGUGUAUAUUUUGUCUUUUUUGUGAAGUGGAGAGUUACUGGAAACACGGAGAGAGAAACUGAGAUAAAGAAACUGAGGCUGUUUCAGGCUCAGUCUCACAUGUGUCAUGCACCUUAGCUUGAGGCAGCACUGGGUGUUCAGUGUCUCCUCAUUUUCUGUUUGUGUGUGUGUGUGUGUGUGUGUGUGUGUGUGUGUGUGUGUGUGUGUGUGUGUGUGUCUGUGUGUCUGUGUGUCUGUGUGUGUGUGUGUGUGUGUGUUUGUGUGUGUGGUCUUUAUUGUCUGCCUGGGUCCUUGCAGCCACACCUUUCCCCCUAUUUUCUUCCUGCUGUCCCUCCCUUACUGCCUUCCUUCCUCAGGUCCCACAUAUCUCAUCUCUCCUGCUCUAUAUUUAUUAAAUUUACCACAGAGGGAGAGAAAGCAUAUACCCAAUAUCAGAGAUGGGAUUUUCAUAAAGUGAUGGCAGAAGAAUGACAGAAAAUAAAAAACAAUAGACUAUGAGUCUACAGCCGAGCAUCUCAGGCUGCAUCUCUCUAGCGGGUGAUUGUCUUGCCAUGGAGAAAACCCCUCUUUCAUUUAUCAGACAGGCUGUGUUUAUGUACAAGCCGAGCAUAACGUGAGGCACACAACAUUACUAUUGAAAGAUGAGGUGCGACAGUGUCAGUACCACAUUUUUCCAACCCACUGCCUGUAGCCAUCAUCCAUUUCUUUUUAUCUGAAGCAUGUUUUUCUUGUUAGGCAGAAAUAAGCGCAGAUGUGGGUUUAAAAAAGAUGUUGCAGCUGUGCUAAUAUGUCAGUUUUAUCAGAGCGUAGCUAUUCCACCACAAAAAGCCUGAGAAAGCAUCUUCUGAGCACAUCUGUUCCUGCAAAAUGUACAAGGAAGUUAUGGUACAGGAAGAUGAACUCAGGAAAAAUGGAAUGGGCCAAACUAAUUUAAACACAUUGUAAUUAUGUUACAACAAUUCUAAUCAUAAUCUCUGAUGACAUUUUUGGUUUUGUUCUUCUGUUUCGGCUUCAUUUUUAGACAUGCAGUUAUCAUGCUAACACUAAACUAAGCUGAUGAACAUGGUAAAAAUUGUAUCUACUAAACAUCAGCAUGGUAGCAUUGCCACUGAGACCAUGUUAGCAUGCUGACAUUAGCAUUUAGGUCAAAGUGCAAUUGUGUGUCAGUACAGGCUCACAGAGCCGCUAGCAUGGCUGUAAACUGUACACUGUCUGUUGUUUUUUAUUUUCUGUCUUUCUUCUGUCAUUAUUUUAUGAAAAUCCCUUCUUUACCAUAUCUUAGUUGUAAAGGGUGGAAGAUGUUACCCUGAAAUUACCUUUGCAAGCAGACAGUUGCCCUGUACCUGAGGCUUAACACUAAACUACUACACUUGAAGAUUCAUGUUGUAAAUUUACUUAUUAUCUCUCGCAUUUUUGUGUAAAGAGGUCCCUGUGCCAAUCCUGUACUUUAGGUGUCUCUCUAUAAAAAAUUAAUUGGUUUAAUUACUGUUGUAGUCUCUUAAUGGGACAAUAAGGCAGUGGCAGUAUUUCGAUGUGAUUUUAGUACCAUGUAUAUAUGUUUGUGCUUUUAUUUAUUUAUUACAGUACAAAAAAGUUUUUAAAGUUCUACAGUGCUUUGUGAAGGGUUGUGUUGUAUAAAAGUGUACCUGUGUAAACUGAUGAACAGGUGUGUUUUCUUGUUGCAUUCUCGUGUGUUAUAUUUCCAGACAGCUGUAUUGAUAAAAAUUUCUUUUAUUGAA